UCUAUGGAAACGUUAACAAUGAAUGAUAAUGAUAAACUAUUUGAAAGUGUUCAACAUUUAGAAUUAUGUCUUGAUCAAUCGGUAGAAGAGAGAAUAGAUAUUCGAGAUAAAUAUCCAAAUGUCUCAUCAUUAAAAGUUUAUAAUUAUCAUGAUACUGACUCUUUAUCGGUAAUGCGUUAUCUUAGUCAUUUACUUAUAUUUUCAAAUUUGAAACAUUUACAAAUUUAUGAUACUAGUGGCUUAGAGGGUAUCCUUCCACCGUUGUUAGAAAUGGCACCAAAUUUAAAUUCAUUAGAUAUACAUUAUCCACAACUUGUAAUAAUAACAGAUCAAUUUAAUAAUUUCGAAUUAUGUACACUAUUAAAUAGUCAAAUUCGUCAUUUAGUUUUGUUGAAU